AUGUUCUGUGAUACAAAAACUAUCGUGCUUUUAAUAUCAUUCUUUAUUACUUCUGCAUAUUCAAAUGAAGGGCAGUUUUCCAAGCAAAAACAGUUAUAUUACAAAAGUCGUGUCAAACAGAUGUUCUACCAUGCGUAUGAUUCUUAUUUGAAAUUUGCCUAUCCAUAUGACGAACUACGACCAUUGACGUGUGACGGAUAUGAUACAUGGGGAAGUUACUCGUUAUCGCUCGUGGAUGCUAUUGACACAUUAGCCACUCUUGGAAAUAAUACGGAAUUCGCUCGAGUUUAUACACUUAUUCAAAAUUUAGACAUCGAACGUGAUAUAAAUGUUAGUGUCUUUGAAACAAACAUUCGAGUUAUCGGUGGUUUACUUUCUGCUCAUCUUCUUGCCAAACGUAUGAAUGUGCCUGUGAACGCUACUUGGCCGUGUACAGGACCGCUACUUGAUCUGGCUGUAGCUCUCGCUAACAAAGUUUUACCUGCGUUUGAUACUGCAACAGGUAACUAUGACUCUGUCGUUGGUUGCAAUGAAAUAGUUUCGUCUGUUAAAGGUAUUCCAUAUGGUACGGUAAAUUUAGUUUGGGGUGUGCCAGUAGAUGAAACAAAUAUAACGUGUACUGCUGGUGGUGGAACAUUCUUAAUUGAAUUCGGAACCCUAUCUCGUCUUACCGGUGAUCCUGUUUAUGAACGCGUGGCAUUGCGUGCUUUAAAAAGUCUUUGGUCAAAACGUUCAGCGAUUAAUCUCGUUGGCAAUCAUAUCAACAUUCAAACAGGUGCUUGGACAGCAAAUGAUUGUACAAUUGGUUCCGGUGUGGAUUCAUAUUUUGAAUAUUUAGUUAAAGGUGCAAUCUUACUUCGACAACCAGACUUAAUGGAUAUGAUGAGCGUAUAUAUCAAAGCUAUUGAUAAACAUUUGAGUGAUGGAUCAGGAUGGUUUGUUUUUGCUAAUUAUGAACAAGGUCGAAAGACGAUGCCAUUGUUUGCAUCACUGGAUGCUUUUUAUCCAGGUUUGUUGACUCUGGUCGGUGAACUUGAUCGAGCGCGUGAAACUUUAUACGCUUAUCAUACAAUGUGGAGAAAAUUUGGCUCUAUGCCAGAGUUCUACAAUCUCGUUCAGCAAGACUGUAUGCAAGGAAGAGAAGCAUAUCCUUUACGACCAGAACAUAUCGAAUCUAUUAUGUACUUGUAUAAGGCGACUAAAGAUGAUACACUCCUGUUCAUGGCUGCUGAUAUAUUCGAUGCAAUUGAAUCGUGCUGCAAAACUUCCUGUGGUUAUACAUCGUUGAAAAAUGUCAAAGAUCAUCAAUUGGAUAACCGCAUGGAAUCGUUUUUUCUUGCUGAGACAAUCAAAUAUCUUUAUUUGAUAUUUGAUGAAGAAAAUUUUCUACAUUCGAAUGGAGAAUAUGCAACAGAACACUACACUUCAUCAGGCUCCUGUUUUCUUGAAACAAGUUUUGUUUACAAUACUGAAGCACAUCCGAUUGAUAUUGGUGCACUCGAUUGUUGUACACCCUCAUUUAUCAAAGAGAAAACGUCCGCGAAAGUAGAUGAAAACACUUUGACCAAAGAACAGAUGAGAUGGUUGAGAGACUCCCUGUUAAAUGAAGAAUUAAAUGGGGCAAUAAAGAAAAAUUUCAGUACAUUGACAUGCUCGGCAUUGGCAUACGAACAGCGUUUUUCUAUUUAUGGUGAAAUUCUGACAUUUAUUCGCUUGUUUUUCAUUAUGGUUUGGGAAUUUAUUAAACGACAUCGUCGAAAACUCUAUAUCAUAUCAUUACUUGCUGGAGGUGGAUAUGCAGCUGCACGUUUUCUUAACAGAAAACUAUCAACUAUGCUCAAUGAGCAAGAUAAAAUGCUAUCCGAGUGGAAGAAACAGUUAUAUUAUGAGCAUAACCGUGAUACAAGCUUAAGAACAAGUACUGACAUAUUCGCACAAGUCGUACUCAAUAUAAAUCGUUCAUUUCAAUGUGAAAGUAUUCUCGCUAAAUUACCAACAAUAACUGAUUCAACACAAAAACGCGAAUUAUGGGAGCAACUGCGAACAGAAUGCUUUGCACGUCUGUUCACAUUAGCUUAUAGUUCAAGUUUUGUUUUGGCUUUAACUGAAUUAGUAGUUAGUGCUUUGAGUGGUCGACUUUAUUCUCAAUCACAAAUUCAACAGUCAUUACCUUCUUCAACAACAGCACCAGGAGGUGUAUCUGCGACAAGCAAAUCAGCUCAUGCUGAGUCAACACAAAGUCAAAAUUCUUUACUGUCACGAGAAAUUCAAUUGGCAUGUCUUGAUGUUAUUCGUUAUACGACCGAAGCAGGCAUGAACUGUUUAAUUGAUGAUAUUCGAAAAGCGACACAAUCAAUUCUUUCACGCAUUCCGUUGUCUCAAAUGCUUGAUAUCAAUGAUAUUAUGUGGUAUUGCAGUGAAGUUCGUCAUCAAAUCGAGAAAAAGCGUUAUCAAACAACUCCAAAUCAUUAUCCGUUACUAAAAUAUGUUCGUUCAAAUGCAUUUCCAGCCCGGCCAAAUCAACCAGCAACAACAACAUCAUCAUCAGCUUAUUCCAUGUCAAAUAUCCUUUCGACAACAAGUUCGUUAUUUACAACACGUACGCAUUCACCACCGUCAGUUUUCAAUGUUCAACAACAAUUCGAAAUAGAAUGUAUCGAAAUGAUUGAAAGUGAAACGUUUCAACGUGUCUUAAUCCAAAUUAUCGAUCAAAGUUUCUCAAACAUAUACGAUGAAUUCGCUCGAGAGAUGGUUAAACCAUCAAUGACAAAUUCCUCCGCAGACGAUAAAUCAGCUAAUUCAACUAUUAUCGUCGAUUCGCAACUACCAUUGGCCAAGAUCGUACCGAUGAGUAAUAAUAUCUAUUCAAAAUUAUCCAGUCAGCACGAACAACUGAUGCUACAUUUUCAGAAUCUUGCUUGCUGCCCGGAAUUACAUGAAUAUACGAAAUAUGCUUAUGAUUUAUUUUCCAAUGAAUCAUUACAAUCAGCAAGUCGUACAGCAUUUUCAUUCUUGCCAUCGCCAUCAGCGUCAUCUUUACAAGCGAAUUUUUCAUCAUUUUUACAAUCCUUGAUGUCACCACAAUGA